GUGGAUUGAUCGCCUCGACGAUAGCAGCAUUAACAAGUCCACCAACUCGACAGGAUGCACCGUCUGCUUGCGCUGACAUGGAUGCUGCUGACGACGACGCACCAUGGGGCGGCGGCCCCGUGCUCUAUGGCACAAAAUACCUCGCACGCGCAAGCCAUCGCUGCCAACAUCUCGACCUCGUGUGCGAUGGCACUGCACAUGCCGCCGGACAGUGCGACGUUCGACAGCCUCGUGGCCGAAGUCGGCAGCUACGAUACUCUGUGUCAACCUGCGUGCAGCGACGAUCUCGCCAACUACACGAGCCGCGUCCCGUCCUGCGACGAGGCCAGUACGACAAGCCAUGCGCUCACGCUGCUGCAGUCGUACUGCUACAACGUGACGCAUCCAACGAUGGACGGUGGCGCUUGCACCGGUGCGGACUUCGCUCUCUUUGCCGCGGUGGUCAGUAAGCCGCUGUGGUCCAACUGCUCCAGCAAUGCAAGCAGUAACGUGAUCGAGCUCUCUUCGGACACGACGGCCUUUCCAGCGUACUGCGGCUCGCCGAACUGCGUCGCCAAUAUCGCUGCCGUGUACGACCAGGUGCCCAACUGCAGCAUCGACCUGUCGGAUCCAGGAGCCAACGUCCGAGGGGCGCUUCAACAAACGUUUAAUUGCACGCCGGGGGACGCUGGAGGCAGGUGCACUGCCGGCGACCUCCAGAUGCUCACAAAUCUGGCGACGCUCCCUGUCUGGGCCAAUUGCUCGGAAGCACUCAACCUGCCGCCAUCGACCAAGUUUACUGCGCUUUGGACAACGGAGACUCCACCGCAAUGGUGCGCGACGACGUGUCCGGCGUACGUUGCCGUUGCGUUCACCACUCAUGUGGUAGCGUGCGAUCUCGCUACGCUUCCAAUUCUCCCCGGCCUAUUGGGUCCGAUUGUCUCGACGCUCGCAGCCGCGCAUGUGGCGGCGGCAUCGAUGGGAGUGGCUGCCGCCGAGGCAGCUGCCCUGGCGAAAGCGUGCCCGGUGACCCCGGCCCCCACGACGCCGAAGCCAGCGCCGAAGCCAGCACCGACGCCAGCACCGACGCCAACACCGACACCGACCCGAUCGAUCGCGGCGCCUGUGACGAUGAGCUUGCUUGGCGCCUGCGGGGUCGUGCUGGCUAUGCUUUUAUAAUGUUCGCAGACCCUCGACGACAAUAAUACAUGCAUCUUUUUGCUUGGGCCAA